AUGACGCAGACCGACGAUGACCAGGCACACGAUGAAUCACCAUCACCAAUGUCACCCGUUACGAUUAUAUCACGUGAGGAACCAACGGAGCCACAGCGUCGACCGACCUUGUCUCUACCUCGCCAAAUACAAGAGUGCCAUGAAGUGAUUUGUCUUGAUAACCUAUUUACAAGUCAACGUUCGAAUGUGCUAGAGCUACAGACUCGUUUUCCAAACUAUGAAUUUAUACGUCAUGAUGUGACUGAACCAUAUGCGUGUGAAGUGGAUCAGAUUUAUAACUUGGCAUGUCCAGCAUCACCUGUACAUUACCAGUAUAAUCCCAUCAAGACUACUAAAAUAUCAUUUAUGGGUGCAAUCAACGUGCUUGGACUUGCAAAACGAGUGAAAGCUCGUGUGUUUCAUGCUUCAACGAGUGAAGUGUAUGGUGACCCGGAAGUUUCUCCACAAGUGGAAUCGUAUUUAGGCAAUGUCGACUGCACAGGUGUGAGAGCAUGCUAUGAUGAAGGUAAACGUGUGGCGGAGACGCUGUUUUUCGAGUACCACCGCACACUGAAUGUGGAUAUUCGUGUCGCACGCAUUUUCAAUACGUAUGGUCCUGGGAUGCACCCAUAUGACGGACGGGUUGUAAGCAACUUUAUCAUGCAGGCUCUACAGGAAGCUAUCAUGCGCUUCAUGAGCUGCAAUACAUGCGUGGGGCCUAUGAAUUUGGGCAACCCGCACGAAAUGACUAUUCGCGAGCUGGCCGAAAUGAUUAUUUGCCUUACCAAUUCUCGAAGUCGUUUGGUGUUCCGGGAUCUUCCCAACAACGAUCCCAAGCUGCGCAAACCUGAUGUCACUCUUGCCAAAACACAUUUGGGUUGGAGUCCUCUUGUGUGCAUUGAAGAAGGGCUCCUGCGCACUAUCGCAUAUUUUCGGGACUUAGACCUAUCUAAGUACAAGCGGCCAACCAACAACACAGCGCAUCGAAAGAGUGAGAUAGCGAACCAGAGUAAAGGAGCUCCUCGUUAG